AAUCAGCUGAUUCUACCGGUUUUUUCCAAAAUCUUUUCUAAAAGUGAACUGAUUUUAAUUCUCUAAUUAUGAUUAUUAAUUUUAAUUGUUCUCGAUUUAUUCUACUUAUUAUUCUGUUUAUUGAAUCGAUGAUUAAAUAAAUUCUGAUGGUAAAUCAAUUGAAUCUUCAAUAUGUCAACAUCAAAAGGAGUUCGUAAAAAAGGCAAAUCAAAUUGGAAAAAGGUACUUUAUGAAUCUCAAGAUUUUCCAGACAAUUACAUCCCACCGACAUUUCUUAAAGAUUUACGGAAAAAUGUUAAUUUGAGAUAUUACUCACUGAGAGAAUCGUUAAUCUAUUCUGGUCUUUUAACCCAAGAAAUUAAUUGUAUCAUAAUUUUCCUUCAAGUUUUUAAUCUUCUACAAUCAAGUGAACAAUCAUCUUCUAAUUAUAUUUGUAUUUCCAUUGCAAUUAUAACUCUACUUCUUUACCUGACACUUUUAUUGUCUUCAGAAAGCGAUGAUGUGAUCGGUCAACUUAAAACAGGAAUAAUUUUCAUCAUCAGUGGAUUCACAGUCUCACCAAUCCUGAAAACAUUAACGGAAACAAUUAGCACCGAUACAAUUUACACAAUGGUUACAUUAAUGAUGAUUAUUCAUUUAAUUUUUUUCGAUUACGGGGUCAAAGUGGCCAUUGUCAGUCCGUCUCUAUCAAUCAAUAGUGCCAUUUUCGCUGGCGUUUGUCUUGCCUCUCGAUUGACCUCAAGUUAUCAAGCAUUUGCCUUACUCACCUUUGCGACCGAUAUUUUUGUCCUUUCAACUGUAAUCCGAUCAAAAUUGCGGAAAAACAUCUCAAUUCAAGUUAAUUACAUUCUAACUUGUUUAUUAACCACAAUCUCGUUGAUUCUCAUGGUUAAUUUAUGCUCACCCAUUUUCACAAUUAUCUACGUCAUUUCGUUGAUUAUGGUUAAUCUAAUUCUUCCCUAUGGUUUCUGGUCACUUCAAUCGUACAAGGAAAACAUUUAUGGCCCAUGGGACGAAGCCGUGAUCCAGAUAAAUGAUUGAUUUACUAAUUGUCAAGGAAAAUGUUUAUAUUCUUGUUAAUUCUAUUUAUAUAUUAUUUUUUUAUUUAAUGUUAGAUUACAUGCUUAUUGCUUGUAUAAAAGAAACAAUAAUUGUGAUCAACAUUUGUGUUGAUUUUUGGAGAGAUAGUUGGAUGUUGGUGCUGAAAUGAUUAAAAACAUGCAAAAAGAAAUUGAUAAUCAGCAUGAUUUCACAAUAAUUUGAAGAAAUAAAUUAACUUGUGAAUAGAAAAA